CAUUUACGACGUAGGAAAUGAGGUGCUGCGACAUGCACAGGCAGGAGCAUUGUCAUAGGCCAGCGAGGACAGCAGCUGUGCCAGGACGGGCUCUAUCCGCCUGCUUCGAUGUGCUUCCAUGUUGCGGCCAUUUAGCCUCCCAUGCACGGGCAGCAGCGACGCACAAACCGCGCAUCCAUAUAAGACGGCGACACCCAGCCCCAAGGCUUCCUCAACCAAGACCACCACAUCCAAAAGACAUCCAAGACACAAUGACCAACAAGGCAGAAAUCCAGACUACCACCUGCAACUGCAUGGGCGACGAGUCCAUCUGCGCAUGCAAGACCGGACAGUGCGUCUGCUCCUCGUGCCCCAAGUCUGCCCGCAAGGCUUGUAACUGUGGCGGCGACGUAUCUGCUUGCGAAUGUGACGGCGGUGCAUGCUCAUGCUCCAACUGCCCCAAGUCGUCCAAGUAGGCGUCUGUUCAUGACGGGCGAUAAGCUGGUUACUUGAUGGUUGACGACACAGCACAUAACGUAUUCAUACGCGGUACUCAGUAGGACGCAAUCGAUUCUUUAUACUUUUCGACCAUGACAAUCAAGGUGUUUUGCUCGUGAGGAUGACGUCUGUACAUG